AUGAACAAAAGUAAAGAUUUACAAGAAGCUUUGGAUCAUUUAACAGAUUUAACAUUAUAUAAAUUAAGAACAAAUAAUUACAAAAUGAACGAUUCUUGUAGUAUAAUGAAUGUAGAUCAAGAUGAUUCUAAAGGAUGGUCUUUAUAUGCUACCAAAGGAAGUGCUGCUUUUGAAUUACGUAGUAGUGAACAAAUAAUAUUAUUACCGUUUCAACGCAUGUUAUUCUCUACUGGUGUUUUUAUAUCAAAAAUGGAUCAUGAUCUUCAAGGUUGGAUUACAUCCAAGUCAGGUUUAGCUUUAAAUCAUGGUGUUACAGUAUUCAAUUCGCCUGGAAUUAUCGAUUCUGAUUAUAGAGACGAAAUUUGUGUUAUACUUUAUAACUCUUCUAUUGAAGCAUAUACUGUUACUAUAGGACAAUCUAUUGCACAAAUGACUUUUGUACCUGUUUUUUUUGCAGAAAGAAUUUCAUGGACUGUCGAUAAAAAUAAAAAUAGUGAAAUGGAAAUACAAUCGAUGUUGUCUAAUAAUGAAAGAAAGGGAGGUUUUGGUUCUACAGGACUGUAA